UUCAAGUCAUCAUUCAGGCAUCAUCGUGGCAACGGUAGGCUCUUUUAUUCACAUUUAAAAUAAUUUUGAGCUUAUAUAAAAUAACAAACUCGUAAAGGACAGCACAAAGGAACCCAUUCAUGAGUACAUAUUUGAACAGACAACUACACUUACAGUGAAAAUGAUAGCCUGACCACAAUGCAGGAGUCAUUUUCCCUACCCGUCACAGGGUGUUUUGAUUCGAUUGCCUGCGUUGCACUCAUCAUCAUCAACGUCGUCACCUUCAUACUGGGCUUCUGCGGCAAUGCUGUCGUGAUUUGGAUCGCCGGCUUCAAGAUGAACAAAUCGGUGAACACCACCUGGUACCUGAGCCUGGCCAUCUCUGACUUCAUCUUCUGUGCCUGCUUGCCCUUUGGUAUCACGUACUUGGCGAUGGGAGAGUGGAUAUUCGGCCUGGUCAUGUGCAAGCUCACCUCCUUCGUCAUGUUCCUCAACAUGUUCAGCAGCAUCUUCCUGCUGGUGGUCAUCAGCGCAGACCGCUGCGUGUCUGUGGCGUUUCCCGUGUGGGCGCAGAACCAACGCACCGUCAGGAAGGCCUCAGCCGUGGUAGUCCUGGCCUGGUUGAUGUCCAUCACGCUCAGCAUGCCCAGUAUGGUGUUCCGUGACGUGUCCGACCACCGAGGGAAGGUAACAUGCGUCAACAAUUACCACACGUAUCGACACAGCCAUAAGUACGUGGCGUGGAGCCGCUUCCUUGGAGGGUUCGUGGUGCCCUUCUUGAUCAUCAUCUUCUGCUACUCUGUCAUCAUCCUCAAACUCACAAAGAAUAAGAUGACCAAAUCGACCAAACCCUUCAAGGUCAUGUCGGCCCUCAUCGCCACUUUCUUCAUCUGCUGGCUUCCAUACCACAUCUUCAUUCUGCUGGAGCUGAACCCCUACCAGUUCGAUGUGGAGAUCCUCACCAUUGGACUACAGGUGGGCACGACUAUUGCGACGGCCAACAGCUUCCUGAACCCGUUCCUCUAUGUGUUCAUGGGCAACGACUUCAAGCAGAAGUUCAAGAGUUCCCUGCUCAACAAAAUGGAGAAUGCUAUGGGCGAAGACGGCCGCACUCUCAGCCGGUACCUGUCCAGGUCCAGCUCUUAUGACGCCAGGGCCUCUACACACAUCUAGAAUGCUCCAGCUUAUGAACAUUACAAACUGUUGUAAUGUUACAUUACUGUUGUCUGUGUCCAGAUGGCAAUGUUUUCCCACCUAAAGCUCCUGUUUGUCGAAUACAAUUAUUGAUUUGUUAUACAAAGAAUGUAGAUGGGGACGGAUAUAUACCUGUUAGCAUCUUUGACCAAGAUGCCCAACCCCUUUCUACUCCUUAAUGACCUGAAUCUGUAUUCACUGUAAAUCAUGUUGGAUUGAAGUGUGGUAAAUGUAAAAUUGGAUCUAUAAAUAAUAUAUCAAAUAUUUCUCAGGUAACCUAAGCUUAGUCCUGGUCCUAGCGGUUAGAGUUGUAUAGAGUUGUUUACUUAAUAUGAUUGUUCACAGAGGCAUAUGGAAAUGUAUACUUUGAAUUUGAAUGUCUUGUCAGUUUAUAACCAUAUUAAAAGGAAUGUGUAUGUACGAAUUUUGUGAAAUCAUUAUUUAUAUUUUCUAAGUAAUAUUUUCUAAGUAAUAACUUUGUAAUAAACUAAUGUGAUUAGAUCAUUCGUAGGAUGGCAAAGUUUAUAAGAAACAUGUGGCACAUUUACUAUUCCAUCAACGAUUUGUAAUGUCAUCCUUGAAUACACAUUUUCUUUUUACAUAGAUAUGUUUAGAUGCUAGAGUUCAUAGCCCAUAGCGUCACUUUUUAUGACCCUUAGUGCAGAGCGAGAUCCUUUUUUGGGAAGGCCUUAAGACAUGAAUUAAUGUAUUUGUAUCACUUCAUAUACAGUCUUCUCCUAUGACAACAAACAAACAAGGAAAUGUUCCUCCUUAUAGGCCUAUUAUUAACGACAGGUAUGCCUAUUAUUAAUACAUAUAAUAAUUGCUCAACAAAAUGGAGCAAUUAUUGAAUAAUUGUAGUUAUUGAUCGUCUUUCCUACACGUAAUGAUUGAAUGACCUCACAUCACAGAACACUGAUGAAUUUACCUAAUUAGAGUAUUUAUUGGGCCUUUAACACAUUACAUUCAUCCCAUAUAGAAAAUACAUUCUCAUGUGACAUCCUUAUACAGACUGCCAGUCCUUCCAUGAAAGCAAGUUUGACUCAAGCUUAAUGCAGGUGUAAAAAUAGAAAACAAUAUCUCGCCUUACAAAGGUUCUGCUGUUAUCCUUAUUUUUUAAAUGUUUAAAAAUAUAUACAUGUAUAGUAUACAGUAUAUGGAAGUUCUUUAGAAGCUUGUGUUUUUAUUGAAGCAUACAUAGUAGCAGGUUACAGGUUAGUGUUAAAAGUGCAAUUUUAAAAACCCUUAACAGAAUGCAUUACGCUUUUGGAGUAGAUUGGAUUUGCUUAAGCUACAUUAGCAGUCGAGAAGAAAAGUAACCAUAGAAUCCUUUAAAAAAAUACUAUUAUUAUUAUUACUAUCAUCAAAUUGGAUGUUUUCAUUUUUUUCAUCUUCUUUUUUUUUAACCUUAUGUGCUACGAUUAACAUGGGGGUACUACCAUAAGUUUUCUUGAGUCUAAAGGAGAUCUGAGUUUUACAUUAAAUCAUAAUAAUAAUAAUAACAUAUCGUAAAACAUAAUGCCAAAUUCCUCAGUGGUUUCGGGGGACGUGGUCAUGCACAGUUAAUGCUAUUUGGGAUAGUCCAGUGUAGAAAACAUAACUUAGCCAAGUCACAUCUGCAAAUCCGAAAACAAAAUUGCCGUAUUAACAUCAGUUAUUAAGUUCCGCUGAUUUUACUGCUUCGGGUAUCACUAUCCUUGUGAAUAUAGAGUUAUGGAGAGGCAAGAGUCUCGAAGAGAAGAGUACAAAUACAACCAUCAUCACGGGUAAGAUGCAAGUGUUUUUUUCAAACCAGCAUUGGGCUUCCUUUAAAUACAGGAUCAAUCUGCGGUGUAUAAAAUAGCAUUAUUCAUAGCUGUGGUAGCAGCAGACAUCUUUUCAAUUCUAUUUUUCACAAAAAUAAAGUCCAUAUUAUAUUCCAUACAGUGUUUCAACAAACCUUUGUAUUGCAUUUUUCCUUCCACUAUGAUUAUGAUUCUGUGGUAAAACAGCGAUUUGCCUCCAUACUAUGAGAGCAAAUCUACCUUCUUACUAAGGCAUCGUUGCAACAAAUACUCCUCUUUGACGGAUCUCAUUCAACAAGUACGCAUUUCUAAAACCCAAAUAAUAAAUAAACAUUGAACCGCUGCUAUAUACUUCAACAGCCAACAUCACAAAAGAAAGUUUACGGGGAAUUUCAGAACAGAAAAAAUCAUUUAAAUUAAAUGUUAAACAACAGAAGGGGAAAAACAAAAUCACGUCCAACGACGACAGUGAAAAGGGGGAGCCAUCUUGUGUAUCAUCUCGGCAUGUACUCCAUGGGCACGCCCGACAUGUUCUUCGCCCUCAGCGCGACGUCCACCGUUCGGAUCAGUUUGUUGAUGUCCGCGCACAUCUCCGGCGUGUAGGGAUCGUACUCGAGCUUGCGCAGGCCCGAGCGCUUGAAGUUCCCGUCCUUCUGACCCUCCACGCAGAGCAAGCGGUCCUCAGACACCACAGGACCCAGGAACAGCACCAUGGCCUUGAGCUGGGAGAAGAGGUCCCGCUUCAGGUCCUCGAAGUGAACCACGUGGACGUGCCUCCCGUAGCGCAGCCAGUCCAGGGUGUGGGACGCCCACCAUGGAGCGUAGUUCUUCACAAACUCGGGCCACUCUGGAGGAUACCGAGAGAGACGAGGGAAUCAGCAGUGAACGUACCCUUACUGCCUGUCUCCAUGAUGUACAGCUGACCAACAACUGCCUAAAAUUCAACAGUAGUAGAACUGAGCUACUCCUCAUUGGCUAUAAAUCAACACGCUGAAAAAUAAAUAGUUGUUCCCUCCACGUUGCAGAAGUCACCACACCUGGCUGUCUCCACAAAGGUUUUGAUGUAAAGAGCAUUGAUGUAAUCCUGGACAGCACAUUUGCUUUUUCAAGCUAUCUAAACAAUGUCUCCCAGCUUUACUUUUUGAGAAUUCUGUAUUGCGAUUGUUGUUUUUUGGAUUCAUUGUUACUCUUCAACAAUCUUUUCUUAUUUAUUUACUUUGAAUGUGUGCGAAUGAAAUAGUGCAUACAAUGAGAUUUUAGUGAACCAAUGUUAUCCUGUUAUUCAGCUAUUCUAUUAUCGAUUAUUGACUUCCUCCUAAAAUAAAAAGUGAAAGGUGCAAUUAGAGAAAUGGGGGGGUUUCUAUUGAAUAGCAACCAUUGUUAUGUAACAAAAAAUGUGCUUCUGUUGACAUCCAGGUUUCAGUUCUUGUUUUCGUUGUGACCCCAGGUUACUUGUUUACAUUGUAUAUGUUGAGAUGUAAAUCAGCCAAAUGGGCAAUCAACAGUGUGGUUAUAUAUUGUUUAUUAGCAAUGCUGUCUUAUUUAUGUCUCAUUAAAUCAGACGUACAUACAUAACUGUCCAAUUUCUAUCUGUGGAUAUGUUUCAGUGUUUGGAUGCAAAAACAUAUUAGGAUACGCAUAAUGCAUUAUCAACUGGCUUUUAUUAUUUUAAUAAUAUUGAUAAUUCUGAAUUCUGAAUUCAAAGCAACAUUUCAAUAGGUCGUAAUAAAUAAUAAAAAAAUAAAUAAAAAAAUAGUUGUUCCCUCCACAUUGCAGAAGUCACCACACCUGGUUGUCUCCACAAAGGUUUUGAUGUAAAGAGCAUUGAUGUAAUCCUGGACAGCACAUUUGCUUUCUCAAGCUAUCGAAACAAUGUCUCCCAGCUUUAAUUAUUGAGAAUUCUGUAUUGCGAUUGUUGUUUUUUGGAUUCAUUGUUACUCUUCAACAAUCUUUUCUUAUUUAUUUACUUUGAAUGUGUGCGAAUGAAAUAGUGCAUACAAUGAGAUUUUAGUGAAUCAAUGUUAUCCUGUUAUUCAGCUAUUCUAUUAUCGAUUAUUGACUUCCUCCUAAAAUAAAAAGUGAAAGGUGCAAUUAGAGAAAUGGGGGGGUUUCUAUUGAAUAGCAACCAUUGUUAUGUAACAAAAAAUUUGCUUCUGUUGACAUCCAGGUUUCAGUUCUUGUUUUCGUUGUGACCCCAGGUUACUUGUUUACAUUGUAUAUGUUGAGAUGUAAAUCAGCCAAAUGGGCAAUCAACAGUGUGGUUAUAUAUUGUUUAUUAGCAAUGCUGUCUUAUUUAUGUCUCAUUAAAUCAGACGUACAUACAUAACUGUCCAAUUUCUAUCUGUGGACAUGUUUCAGUGUUUGGAUGCAAAAACAUAUUAGGAUACGCAUAAUGCAUUAUCAAGUGGCUUUUAUUAUUUUAAUAAUAUUGAUAAUUCUGAAUUCUGAAUUCAAAGCAACAUUUCAAUAGGUCGUGGGUGUAAGUGUGUGAAAGGGGUGAUUUAUUUUACUGCAAUUAUAUUUAAACCAGCACCAUGUAGCUUGUCUGCUGAAGCUAUUUACUCCAUUAGAAAAGAUGUGAUCCAAAAAUGUUCUGCAGAAUAAAAGAUGCCCUUCCAUGACUCCAUCCAGGGAAUUUCUCACUAUAAAUCAUUUUAUUCUGGUUCAAUGGAGCCAACUGCCGAGUGUUUUGGUGCAAAAACAUAAACAAAAUUUCCAGAGGACACAUAAGAAGUGCUGGU